AUGGAGGAGGAGGCAGACUGGUCUGAACUGCCACAGGAGCUUCUGAAUCUGAUAUCGCAACAAUUCGACAACGAAAUCGAUCUCAUUCGCUUCCGAUCAAUUUGUACCAAUUGGCAUUCUUCUUCCAUCCCAAAUCACCACCGUAACAUUUUAACCAUCAAAUUCCCACUAUACAUUGAUUCCAUCACAAACAAAACUCCAUUCUCUGAUCUCUCCAAACACGGUUUCUUCAUCAUCAAAUCACCACCACAAUCCCUAAUUCAUCCUUGGUUGACUAAAAUAACACAAAACUCCACUGGAAAAAUCAAACACUACCUCCCAUUCCGCCGACAUUCCUCACCUUCUCCUUCUCCCGUCUUUGAUUUCAACAACUUCUCUCUCAUUCAUCUCGUAACCAACUUCAUCUAUUCACGUCACAACACAGAAUAUGCUCUUUAUGGCUGCGUCAAACCUGCCAAAGUCGUUGCUGCCACAUCCUAUGGAAAUAAACCUAUCAUCGUCGCCUCAUUUAACUGUAAAGGAGAAGAACAACUGGUAGUGUUCAAAUGCGGCGAUGAGAAUUGGAAGUUUAUUCCUGAAAUGUCAGUCUACUUUGGAGAUAUCCGUGCUUUCAAAGGUCAGUGUUAUGUGGUAGACAAAACUGGACAGACUGUUACUGUUGGACCGGAUGACUCAACUGUUCAGUUAGUGGCUGAAUCUUUGCUUGCUGGCGGGGAUAUUAAAUUCCUAGUGGAGAGCAAGGGUGAUUUGUUGUUAGCAGAUGUUUACAACCGUGAUAUUGAUGAUUAUGAUUAUGAUCGUGCCAGGAUUGGCAGGAUUGACAUGUUUAAGCUUAACGAAAAGGAGAAGAAGUGGGUGAAGUUGGCGAAUUUAGGGGAUAGAGUUUUGUUUUUGGGGUCCUUGUGUUCAUUUUCUGCUUCUGCUUUGGAUUUGUGUGUUCCCAAAGGGAAUUGUGUGAUCAUUAUGGAUGAUAUCUUCACUUGUGAUCCUUCUAUGGGCUAUUUUUUGGACUUGGAUGAUGGUCGACCUUUGCCUUUGUUCGAUUAUCCUGAAUAUUCUAAAUUGUUCUGGCCACCUCCAAAGUGGAUGGUCUAA